AUCAAAGAGUUUCUAGCCUUCCGAAGAAGCAAACCAAACAAAUAUUUCACCAUGUUCAAAUACGCUGUCGUCGUUCUCGCUCUCGUUGCCUGCGCUGCUGCCAAGCCUGGACUCCUGGGUGCUCCCCUUGCUUACACUGCUCCUCUGGCUUACUCUGCUCCUGCUGCCGUGGUAGCUGCUCCCGCUCCAGUUGUGACCGCAACCAGUAGCCAGGUUAUCGCCAGGAAUUACAAUGGAAUCGCCUCUGCUCCUGUGAUUGCUCCCGUUGCUGCUCCUCUGGCUGCUCCUGUGGUGGCGAAGUACGCGGCUACUCCUCUGGCUGCUCCUGUGGUGGCGAAGUACGCGGCUACUCCUCUGGCUGCACGACUGGCCUACUCCUCGCCUUUGGCUUACUCCGCACCACUGAGCUACGCUGCUGCUCCUGCACCAUUUCUCAUCUAAAUUUUUAUGCUGUGAUUAUCUAGGACGAUAAAUAUAAUAAAAAUGAACGCUUAUAUCGAUUAUAUGACCCCAUAAAUUGCUGAAG